CCUUCUCUGGGCGACUGCUGAUGGGGCGGGGGCAGCCCGACGGCACAGCGCUUUGUUGUUUUUCCUAGUGUGUCUGUGUACGCUAGCACCGGCGUUUUGCCGCUUUUUUGCAGCACCACACCGCAUAGCUUAAUUGCAGCACAGGCACGUAAAGGCAAAGCCACAUCGUUGCAAGCGCAGGCACGUCCAGGCAGCCAUACUCUAGGCAAAGCCAUAUCGAAGUUAUCCAUAAGCACCCCAGGCGCCACAGCAGAUCCACAGCCGCACAACCGCGGACCGGUGCAAGAGACCGAGCCGAAUGAGCGCCCAAGUAGCAGCCCAAACGACCUUCGACGCCUGGGUCGCCUCCAAGGGCGCCGCCGUCGGGCCGCCCGGCACGACGAGCGUGCUGACGCCGCUCGCCGCGCGCGAGCUCUGGGACCGGGAAGCUCAGGGCGCCGACGUCCUCGACGACGCGAGCGUUCAAAGGCUCGACGCCGUCAUCCGAGCCGACGUCAAACGCGCGACGGCCUUCCAGGCGCUGCUGCGCGGGAGAGUCGAUCGACGCAAGGCGCCGGCGGCGACGCCGAGCGCGUCGCGGAACGAGCUCGCGCCGUUCAACCCGACGCCAGAAGCCGCCGUCGCCAAAGCGCUGGAGCUGCUGGAUGUUGGGGAAGGGGACGUGGUCUACGACGUCGGCUGCGGCGACGGGCGUUUUGUGGUUGCGGCGGCGCGGCGCGGCGCCGAGGCGGUCGGCGUCGAGCUCGACGCCGCGCUCGCGAAACGCGCGACGGAGGCCGUGGCGGGCCUCGCCGGGGCCCGCAUCAUUCAGGGAGACGCGCUCGCCGAGCCGCUGGACCGCGCCACGAAGAUCUUCCUCUACCUCGUGCCGUCCGGUCUGAAAACGAUCGCGCCGCGGCUCGCCGCGCUGCGGAACGUCACCGUCGUCGCCUACACCUUCGCCGUGCCUGGCUGGGCCCCGGACCGGCGCGAGGUCGUCGGCGGCAUAUCUCUCUAUUUGUACCUGCCGCGGCGCGUGUUCUCCUGUGGUGCUUGUCAAUUGACGCUGGUGGGCGACGCCAAGUUCACGUACGUGGACGGCCCGUCACGGAUCGAGGGCACGUAUACCGAGGACGCGGGCGAGUUCAUUUUCAAGUGGCCUUCGAAGUCGAAGAAAGGCGUCCUCCGGUCGCUCGACUUCGAGCGAUGGACCUUCGACGAGCCCCUCGUCGACGAGGGCAUCGAGGAGUAA